AUGAUUCGGUGGAAACCUUUCUCCAAAGUGAGGCACUUUUCCGGUCUCACCAAAUUAAUCAAUGUCCGUGAGCACCAAGAUGAGAUAAUCAGCUGCAUAGAGAAGAUCAGGGUAAUAAACCCACUGGUGCACUGCAUUACGAACAGAGUAACAACGGAAAAGGUGGCAAACAGUUUGUUAGCAUUUGGUUCCUCCCCAGCCAUGAUUGACAACCCAAAAGAAGUGGAAGAAUUUGCUCAAAUAUCCUCCUGUACGUAUUUCAACUUAGGCUUGCAGACAAGUCAAGUGGAUAACAUACCUGUGUUGGAGAAAGUAAGACAAGAAAAAAAGAAGGAAAAUUUUAUUUUGAUAAUCGACCCAAUAGCCGUAGGUGCAACAGCGUACAGGACAAAGUUAAUCAAAGACAUCAUUGAUAAAUGCAAGCCAAAUGUUAUUAAAGGUAAUGUAGCUGAAAUAUAUUACCUAGAUAAAGGAGAGUUUUUGGGAAAAGGGGUAGAUAGUAACAGCAGUUCAUCACAUACCCAAAGUGAUAUAAUUGCUAGUGCAAGGAAUGUUGCGUUGAAAUAUAACUGUGCAGUUGUCGUGACAUCAAAAUCAGAUAUCAUUGUUAGCCCCUGCUCAAAAUAUGUAGCUCAAAUUAACUGUGAUUUAAAAAUUUUGACAAAAAUUACUGGCUCUGGUUGUUCAGUUGGUGCACUUUGCGCUGCCGCAACUUCCGUUAUUCCUCAGAACCCAUUUAUAGCAUGCACAGCUGCCACCUUAAUUUACAAACUCGCCGCUUUUAAGGCCUACGAAAAGGAGACCGGCCCAGGUACACUCAGCCAUAAAAUAAUUGACAACAUUUAUUUUUAUUCCAACAACCCGCACUUUAUGAAUUUCCAAAUUGUGGACAUGUAUGCGGUCAGCUGA